UUGGCCUUUUUCAUUGUGACACUUGCGACAGAAGAAAGUUAGGUUAGGGACGGAACUUCGCAAAGCUGUAAAAAAACAAUACAUUUGACGAAUUUAAUCGAUUUUGGUACAAACAACGCCUUGUUGACACUAUUUUGAGUACCCCCAUUGUGCGAAACUUGAAAAGUGAGGUUAUGUAAGCGCGCUUCAUUCAUAACUUAAAAAUAAAUGCACCUAAUCGGGAUGCGUCUCUUGGAGCGCAUUUCCGGUCAUUGCGUCCGAUAAAAAGGUCACAUUUGGUGGAUUUUUGUAAAAAUUUUGACGUUUAUGACGUAAUAGGCACGUGGUUGAAAUGUUUAAAUCGUUGUUACCUUGGAAACACAGAAAAACAAAAGUGAUGGUCCCAGAGCAAACGAUGGAAGAUGCCCAAAACCUCGAAGAUCACAGUCUCGUCCCUUGCCAGACCUGCGGUCGCACUUUCCUGCCUCUGCCCCUGAGAAAACAUGCCCCAAUUUGCGAGAAAAACGCCACGAAAAAGCGCAAAGUCUUCGAUUCGUUGAAACAGAGAGUGGAAGGCACCGAUUUGGCCCAAUUCCACCAAAAAACCUACUUGAAAAAACCGCCAGAAAGCAUACCAAAACCACCCAAAAAAAAACAGUGGGAGGAAAACCACCAGAAGCUCGUGGAUGCCAUCCGAUCAGCGAAAGGUAAUAUGUCUUCGGUGAAGAAAGCGACGCCUCCGGCGGCUUCCAACGAACGGUGCCCCUUUUGCGAGCGCCAUUUCGGCCCCAAAGCCUUCGACCGGCAUGUCGAGUGGUGUAAAGAGCACCGGAGUCGCAUCCAGAAAUCCCCGGCGAAUGUUUUACUAGCGAAAGAACGACUAGAAGCCCGGACUAAAUACAAAGUUCCGCCUUUGAGCAAGUCUAAACGCGCAACUGUGAAGGAAAAGUAUUCGAGUCCGGGGAUAAACCGGACUGAGUCGAUUUGUAGCGUCAAAAGCACCCCCAUUGUCCCCAAACGCAGCCCCAAUGUGCGCAAACCCAAGUCGGUGGUGGAUUUGGGAAAAAAAAGCGAGCCAAAAAUCGACAAGAGUUCCCGAAAAUAUUGUCCCGGUCGAGAGAAAAUCAAUACGAAUCACGUGGAAAAUCUCGAAUCGAUUACUGUUUCGCCGGUUAAGUUCAAAAAAUUGGUAACUUGGAAAGACAUGAGCGAGAAAAGUCCCGAUUCCGAAUCGGUGAUUGUUGUUUACGAGAAUUCCAACGUUUUUGGGAGAAAAGAAGCCACGAAAAGUCACACAUUUAUCGAAGAAUUGAAGGAAAUUCUCACAGAUUCCGACAGUGAUUUCUCCAAGAAACAAACCGUUUCCGGUACGACAAUCGAAGAGUGCAAAAGUGCACCCGAAUUCGCAAAUUCCGACGAGGAAUUGACCAAUUUGGUCAAUUCACACGUCGACAGUGAACUGUCUUUCAGCGAUUUGACCGAAAAUUUUCAAAAUUGUCUCAUUUCCGACGAGGAUUCUUCGAAAAAACAAAGUGAUGAAACAACAAUUUCGCAAGAAUUCACAAAUUCCGACGAGGAAUUGACUAAACUGGUGAAUUCACACGUCGACAAUGAACUGUCUUUCAGCGAUUUGGCUGAAAAUUUUCAAAAUUGCCUCAUUUCCGACGAGGAUUCGAGAACUGAUUUGGCUGAAAAUUUUCAAAAAUGUUCAAUUUCCGAUUCGGAGGAUUCCCCUUUAGCCUUUUGUUUCGGUAAAGACCCGAACUUGAACGAAUACGAAGUUCCGAAAAAACGCCGAAAGCUAAAUUCGACUUUCAUCGUCCAUGUUCCGACUUUUCCCGAAAACUCGGGGUUUUUACCGAAAAUCGUGACCAAUGUUGAAAAACCGAUCAUCGUUGAAAAAAUCAAAUCACCGACGAAAUUACCACUUUUGGACAAGCGACAAAAAAAAGUCGAGAAAAAAACUCUAGAAAUUAAAAGGGAUACAAGCGACGUCUUUUUGAGUUACCGAAGCCCGAUUUACGAUCCGUUCGCGUCGGCCGAGAGACAAUUCAAGGAAUUGCUCGAGUGCGACACCGCAAUUCGCCCCCACACGGCCGUGGAAAAUGCGAAAUCGCCCCCGAAAAAAAUCGUAAAAUCGGCGGAAAUAUCAAAUAAUAAAAAACGUCAAUCGGUAAUCGAACCGCCAGUUUGUUUUCAAGAUUCCGACGAUGAUUUCGAACUCGUCGAAAAUAUUUUAAACCAGAAAGCAAAUUUUAAUCUCGAUUUGAAUAAAAAUGACGAGUGUUUUGAUGUGUUUUCCACGUCUGAGAGAAAAUACAGCGAUGAUAUGUCAUCAAUCGAUUCGAAUUUAAUAAACGAAAAUGAUAAUUUAUCGAUUCCGGAAAAUUUCAAACUAGAUAAUUAUUCGCCAACAUCGACGGAAGACACCGACACAACGAUACAAAACGACUUGUAUGUGAAAACCCAAAGUGCGAAAAAAACUAAAAAGUCGGCUUCUAGUGAGGCCAAAACGAGAAAUAAAGUAAAAGCGACGAAAGAAACGGAAAAUAAAAGUGGGCACAACAUCAAGAAUUGUGAGAUAAAAGCGGAAGAUUUGUUUGCAGUGGACGACAAAAUGUACGCCGAAUACAAAAUCUACGAAGAGAUGUAUCUCAAAGAGAAAGAGCAAAGGUCAAACAAGAAGUCCAAAGCGAAAAAUUCAGUAAAGUCGUACGGAAUCGAGCUGGAAAAAAGUAAAGUUUCUGACGAUUCGGCCUACGGGAGUCUCACUAGGGCGAAAAUGGACUCGGAAAACGUUCGAAUGUCGAAGUUUUGCCACGAAUGCGGCACGAAAUAUCCCCUAUCCACGGCAAAAUUCUGCGUCGAAUGUGGCGUGAAACGAUUGGUCUUGUGAUAUUUGUUGCUUUACCAAAGUAUUUUUUAACAAAGUGCAAUUAAUUUUUUAUACAAAUAUAUAUUUUUGCUCGAUUAACGACCAGGAGUGUGUUUGUGUUGUUAUUACCAUUCCAUUUAUUUUAUUAUUAACAAAGACUGAUACGUGUUUUUUUUUCUCAUUUUUUUAUAAUUAAUAAAAAAUUAAUUAAUCGA